UGCAAUUCGGUGGAACACGGUGGAACACUUUUUUUGUGUGGAGAACUCUAUCUUGUAUUUCUAGUAUCUUUGCUGAUUUCUGCGACGAGACGUAGCAUGGUUUAUGCUAGAAUUUUCCAUGAUGGCAAGUAAACCACGAUACUUUCAAAAUCAUCUGGCAGACUACAACGGACAAGAUAUUGCUAAUACGCAGUCUUUACAUGAAUAUAUCAAAAUACUUGCACAGAAAAUUUUGUCAAGUUUACAAGCAUCAGACUCAAACUGCAAUGGUGGUAUAUACGUUGGUGUUGGUGGUGUGGCUUACGCUUUAGCUGAUGUGGUUGAAAAAUGUGUCGUUUUGGAUAAGAAGACAACUCUUAUUGGCGCUAAGCACUAUCUGGAUGCUGCACUACAGUAUGAACAAAGACAAUCAGGUGCAGGCUUAAAAGUGGGCUUUCUACUUGGCACAGCUGGCGUAUUUACCGCGGCUGCUCAGUACCACUCAGUUGCUGGAAAUGAAGCAGAUGUGAAAAGAUUUGCAGAAAUGUAUGCUAGCCUAUCCACCUUGUGCAUUCCAGUGAAUCAAUGCAUACAGCAAGCAGAAGAAAUACUGGUUGGGAGAGCUGGAUACUUAUCUGGCAUUCUCUUCUUUCAAAAGAAACUUGGUGUAUCAAUCUUGUCAUCAGAAACAAUCAACAGCAUUUGCAGUAGCAUUAUUCAGUCUGGUAGAGAUUAUGCCAAUCACCUCCAAGUUGGAUGUCCUCUGAUGUACCAGUAUUAUGGAUCUCAUUGUCUGGGUGCUGCCCAUGGAAUAUCUGGCAUUCUUCAGAUAUUGCUGUCCUUUCCUGAUUUUCUGAAGGCUGACCCUACCGCUGAGAAGGACAUCCGUGCUUCUGUAGACUUCCUCCUUGCUUUGCAAAAUGCAGAUCCACUGAAGAACAUAGCAACUGUUUUAGAGGAGGCCAACAAAAGGUCCAGUCAGGAUGCACUUGUUCAUUGGUGUCAUGGAGCACCAGGUGUUGUCUACAUGUUUGCAAAAGCUUACCUGACUUGGAAGGAUGACCGUUACCUGAAAGCCUGCUUAGACUGUGGAGAUACUACCUGGAAACUGGGCCUGCUUCGUAAAGGCCCUGGAAUAUGCCAUGGGGUUGCAGGCAGUGGCUAUGUCCACCUUUUGCUCUAUCGAUUGACACAGAACAAAAAGCACUUGCACCGAGCCAUGCAGUUUGCAAACUUUAUGUUUUCAGAUGAAUUUAAUAGUGGAGCCAGAACUCCUGAUAAUCCCUACAGUCUAUAUGAAGGUGUGGCUGGAACCCUCUGCUUUCUUGUUGACUUGCUACAGCCAGAAAAAGCAAGCUUUCCAUUCUUUGAUAUCUUUUAAGGCAAACAGUUUUAUAUAACAGAAAAGAUGUCAGAUCAACAAAGCUGUUUUGUUCCUCCAUUGGUUGUUAGAUUACUCUUUCAAAUCAGAGCAAAGAAAUCACUAAGUGUGAAACCAUUUAGAUAAGAUACAGUAUAUGGGAAAAUCACAGGUAUCUGUCACAUGAAACUUAAGCUUAGACACUCAAGCUAUUUACAGUAUUGCAACUUUAUUAGCUUUCACACCUUCAGUUGCCAUUUUUUGACUUGCUCACAAUUUAAAACAAUUACUCUUAGCUGUGUGUUAGCUUCCAUAUAGAUAACUUUCUUGAGCACUUCAAUAAUUAUUACUAUAUUGCUAACAUUGUAAAAAAUUUACAACAGUUAUGCAUGUUCAUCAACUGGUUGUGAGACAUAUCUCUUAACAAUCUAAUCUAGAUUUUAGUACAUACCGUAUUGUCUGUAAUACACGCCCCCUCUGAGUUUUUUUAAUUUUGCAAUGAGUGCCCAAUCGAUUAACAUGGGUAUGUAGUCCAUAAAAAUGUUGACAAACAAGGAGUAAUACCGUACUGUGUGCUGCUUUGAUAUGAAAUGAAAUAAAUACUACUCAAAAAAGCUUA